AGAAGACACUCGCACUCUUGCUCAUCUAAAACCCCAGACCGGAAGUGUUUGUUUGGAGUUCACGCUCUUAAAAUCAAAAUACCAAAUCCUAAGAUUUCAUGGUCAAUACUCAAUUGGGCUGAAGAAUGACUUCAUCUUCAAUCACUACUACCUCUCUCUGCAUACAGAAAGAAAUUCACAAUCCCAAAUUUCUCAACUCCAAGCUCGGUAAAUCAUUUAAAUCACCACCAAUCUCAUCCUUCAUCAAUUCAACCUGCUUUCACAAAUCACUCAAUCGUCUAUCACUCCCAUUUCGACUAACCCGACUCCGUGUAUCUGCAAGACCCUCUCACCUCCUCACUCACUUCUCUCAAACCUCCAGUUUUAGCGUGCCCACUUCAAAGCUCUCAAAUUUGGAUUAUUCUCUCUCGCCCCAGAAAACCAUUUCUAAAUUUUUGUCAGAGAAGAUAGUGGUUUUGCUUAUUGGUAUAUUAACUUUUAUGGGGUGCCGUAAAACUGGAGCAGCUAUAGCACUAACGGCUCAAACAAGUAGUUCUGCUGCAAAUAUGGAGGAAAAGAUAGAUACUCAGAAAGGGCAAGGUGAUGAGGAGGAGAUGUGUGAGAAGGUUUUGGAGAAGGACCCAAGAAAUGUCAAGGCUUUGAAGGUGGUUUUAUAUGGGAAAAUGAGGAGAGGGAAGCCAAAGGAGGCUGUGCAGUACGUGGAGAGGUUGAUUAAAGAGGAGCCUGACGAGGUUGAAUGGAGGCUGUUGAUGGCGCAUUGUUAUGAGAUGAUGGGUCAAUUGAGUAAGGCUAAGAGACUGUUUAAGGAAAUCUUGGAGGAGACGCCUCUCUUACUCAGAGCUUUACAUGGUCUGGCUUUGGUAAUGCAUAAGAACCAUGAAGGCCCAGCUGUCUUGGAGAUGCUGAAUAAAGCUCUAGAUAUUGCUUGCCUUGAAAAUAGAGAAACUGAGGCGAGGAAUAUCAAAAUCCUAAUUGCACAAAUGCAUGUUGUAGAGGGGGAAUUGGAUGAGGCAUUGAAGAAGCUUCAAGAUCUGGUCAAUGAGAAUCCUCGAGAUUUUCGGCCUUAUCUGUGCCAGGGAGUUAUAUACAGCCUGCAGGAUAAAGAGAAGGAAGCUGCUGAACAGUUCGAAACAUAUCGAGCUCUUGUGCCUGAAGAAUUUCCACAAAGGGGAUUUGUGGAUGAUGUUGUGUUGGCAGCAAAAGCCAAAUCUCAGGAGCGGUUUCAAAAGGAGUUUAAAUCCCCAUAUAAUUAAAGCGUUCACACUUUUUAUUUUUUGGAUAACUAAGAAUAAAACCAUUCACUUUUUUUUUUCCUGCACAUUGUAUGGCUGGUAGCAUUUCUGUGCGUAGAAUAUUGCGUUCGAGUGCAAAGCAGUUGCCAUGUGUGAAUGGUUUUACUUUGUAAUAGUUUGGUCUGCAAACAUGCAUACCUGGGAUGUUCUACAUUAGAGUCUUGGUAUGUUUCAAAUGAGUUUUGGACAAAUUGUUGUUGUAUCAGAUGAUCUUAGUUGGGGUUUGUUUCAUAAUAGUGGGGCUGGUCAAAUUCCAAGACAGUCUUAUGUGGAUAUGGGGCAGUGCUAGUUAGUUCAGAUGGGGCUUGCCUAAAUGAUAUGGCGAGGACAUUGGUUUUUGCUCCGGAGAAGCUUGAAAUUAGAGAUUGGGGGGCUGUAUAGAGUAUAAUUGUUCAUCUAUAGGUUCUCCCCAUUUGGGGUGAAUUGUACAUUAUAUGAUCAAAGUAAAUGAUCAGAAACGGGCCUGUGUAGGAUUUGUUCUUA